AUGAGAUUCCAGGUCGCCCACCACCUGGCGGUUGCUGCGGGGUCUGUCGUUGCGCAGCAGACGGGCGCCGACACCCUCAGCCCCGUCAGCUAUGUCAAGGGCAAGGCCUUUGACCGUCUUGCCGUUAUCUGGCUUGAGAAUACCGACUAUGACCUGGCUGUUGGCGAUCCCAACCUGGCAUGGCUGGCUGACAAGGGUAUCACGCUGAGCAACUACUUUGGCGUGACUCACCCGUCCGAGCCAAAUUAUAUUGCCUCUCAUGGAGGUGACUACUUCGGCAUGAACAACGACGCUGUCAGUACCGUCGAUGCCAACGUCUCCUCGAUCGUCGACCUGCUGGAGGACAAGGGCAUUGCCUGGGGCGAGUAUCAAGAGGACAUGCCGUGCACCGGAUUCGAGGGGAAGGAAUGGGUCAACCAGGUCACCGGGGCCAACGCCUACGUGCGGAAACACAACCCUGCCGUCAUCUACGGCGCCAACUCGGAACGCGCCGACCGGCUGGGCGUCAUGAAGAACCUGACGCUGUUCUACGACGACCUGGCGAACGAGACACUGCCGCAGUGGAUGUUCAUAACCCCAAACAUGACAUCUGACGGGCACGAUACGUCGGUCACUGUCGCUGGCAAGUGGACUCGCAGCUUUCUCGAGCCUCUUCUAACCGACACGCGUUUCAUGAACAACACUCUCGUGCUCAUCGCAUUCGAUGAAAACGCCUCGUAUGCGCUCACGAACCGCGUACUCGCCAUCCUACUCGGAGACGCCAUCCCCUCCGAGCUGGUCGGCUCCACGGACAGCAGCUUCUAUAAUCACUACUCGGAAAUCGCCACGGUAUCGGCCAACUGGGAGCUGUACACCCUUGGGCGGUGGGACGCCGGUGCCAACGUGUUCUCCUGGGUCGCCGACAAGACGGGCGACGUCGUGAGGGAAUGGAGCGAUGCUUCCGCGCCACCCCUGGACUCUAUGUUCUACAACCAGAGCUACGACGGGGUCUUCAACGACAGGGGCUCGUUCCCCGUCUACCCCUCCCCCAACAUUGAGGUGCAGAGCCCCAGCGGUCGGACGGUCUUGCCGGCUGUCAAGGAGAAGUGGACGGGCAGCGCCAACCCGGAUUAUUAUUCGAGCGUCCUUGAGGUACCCGACGGGCUGCACCCCCCUGAUGGAUAUGGCGUGUAG